CCUAUCGAAGAAAUUGGAGUGUUGUGUUCAUUCUCUUUUCAGCGAAGAGCCCCAAAAGAAGAAGAACAACAAAUUUCGAAAAUAGAGAAAGAGAAGAAAUUUACAAUGGAUUCAAAGACGAAGCAGAUGAUUCUAUCAGCUCUCUGCAAACACUUCUCAUUGGAUCCUGAGCCUUUUCUUGGGGGAGCUGGUGAGAGUGAUGUCAACACGCUUUAUUCUAAUGUUUUGAAGGCAUCUGGAAAGGAAGUGUCUGCACAAAAUAACGAGGUUUUGAAGUGGCUGGAUUUUGCGGAAGGUUUCCCUGCAAUUUCCAAGGAUUGCUUUGCAGCUCUUGAAAAGUUGAAUGUUGAGUUAGUUACCAAGUCGGUGCUCUUGGGAAAUGGAUUGACGCCAUCAGCGGCUGAUGUAGCUGUGUUUUCAGCUGUGCAUUCUUCAGUGCUUGGCCUCUCAGAUUCAGACAAGGAGAAAGUAACACAUGUCAUAAGAUGGAUAAAUUACAUCCAGAACAAAGAAGAAUUGUCAACAUUAUUUGCUCCAAUUCCUGUGGAGUUAUCAGUGUUUGACUUCGAGGUAUCAAAAAGUGUUCCUAAGGUGGAAGCAAAUUCUAAUACCAAAAAAGCUACUGAAGGUGUAAAGCCUGUUGACAAGUCAGAAGCGCAGCCGAUCACAAAGAAAACUGAGCCUGAGGAACCAAAG